AACAUCCCGUCUGAACAGAGAAACAUAAUGCUGCUCGUAGUAAUUACAAGAAUUGGUACUCGUCAGCAUUCUAGACGGCAAUGGAAAAUAAUUUCAAAGAAUUGAGAAAUCUAUUCUUGGUCAGACGGGAGCAGCGCCUCUAGUGGCUUCACGCAGAAAAUUGUGUCUAAAAGAGAGAUUUGAGAGUGCUGCCCGGAAAAACAAUUUUCCUCACCAAUAUCCUAUUUAAAUCCUGACUUCUAGACAUCCACAAGAUGAUUAAAGUAGUUACCAAAGAUACAGAUAACCGAGUAGAUCUCGAUAAGCCACUUUGGGAUCAAAGUACAUUUUUGGGAAGAUUUAAGCACUUUGCAUGGAUCACAGACUCACGGACGUGUCUAACAUCCACGACGGAAUUGAAUAAGGCCAAAGCCUUGAUAGAAGAUUACAGAGAUGGAAAGGAGCCAAAAGGAACAACGAGGGAAGAAGUGAUAUAUGCAAGGAAACUGUAUGAAAGUGCUUUUCAUCCUGAUUCUGGGGAAUUGCAGAAUGUCUUUGGUCGGAUGAGUUUUCAAGUUCCUGGAGGAAUGCUGCUAACCGGUGCAAUGCUCCAGUUUUAUCGCACAACAUCAGCUGUUGUCUUUUGGCAGUGGGCCAACCAAUCGUUCAAUGCCCUGGUGAAUUACACAAAUAGGAAUGCAAAUUCACCGAUGUCAGUGAAUCAGAUGCUGUUAGCCUAUGUGACAGCCACGACAAGUGCGCUGGUCACGGCUAUCGGAUGCAAAAGUAUGUGGCAAAAGCGUGCUGGUCCUUUCAUCCAGCGAUACGUUCCAUUUGCCGCUGUUGCGGCCGCUAAUUGCGUCAACAUCCCACUUAUGCGACAAAACGAACUACUCCGGGGCAUUGAGGUCAGUGAUGAGAACGGAAAUGUUGUGGGCAGGAGUCGUGUGGCUGCUGUCAAAGGUAUCUCUCAGGUGGUCUUUUCACGGAUCACAAUGGCAGCUCCUGGCAUGCUCAUUCUUCCGGUUAUUAUGGAACAACUGGAAAAAUUGGCGUGGUUCAAACGAAUGCACAUCCUUCAUGCACCCUUCCAGACAAUUGCCGUGGGAUGCUUCCUUUCCUUCAUGGUACCCACGGCAUGUGCCCUAUUUCCUCAAAAAUGUUCUCUCAAAGUGAGUACAAUUGAACGAUUCGAGGAGGACUUAUUCAAAGAAAUUCAACAAAAUACAAAAGGAAAUACACCUCAAAUGGUGUAUUUUAAUAAAGGACUUUAAGAGAAACAACAUUCAUAUGUGAGUCAAAUAGUGCGAUAACAUUCUCAAGUCACAUUUCUAUAUUAACGUACCUCUAAGAAAUGCUAUGAGUUACACACAUUGAAGGCUGCUUUAAGUCACAAAAAAUACAACAAAAAUUGGAAGCGACAAUAAUCAAUUUUAGGAUACUACACAGAUUAGUUUUGUUUUUAAUAAUUAGGGUUUGAAUUUGAAUCUUUAUAAGGAUGUGAUUAUUUUAGAUUUUUGUGAUAAAUUAUGUUCAAUUAACCCAUUAUAGCCAUCUAAAUUAUGUAGAACAUUUAAAAAAAAAUACUCAUGAUUGCCAAUUGUAACUAAAAGAAUACACAAAGUAUGUAUAUCGAUGGCUCUAUUCUAUUCCCCAAUAUCCUUACUUAUUCUUACUUUUGAUAGUUUUAUUGGCCUAGACAAACUUACGACGCUUACGACUUAAGCUGAGAUACGGCUUAACGUAAUUAUAAUCAAAAUAAUGAUAAGACUACAUUUUCAUCAGUUUCUGACUAAUUCGUCUCUAGGUUUAAGCCUAGAAACGGCUUAGUGGAAAACUGAUCACAUCAUUAUUUUAAUUAUAAUCACGUUAACUCUUUCGCCGAGAGAAUUAAGCCGUCUCUCGGCUUAACUCUUUCGCGUCCCACUUUUAUUCAGCAAGUGAAUUCAUGUAAAAUUGAGUUUUUCCUAAUGCUUUAUGAUCAAAUGUAAUAGUUCUGAGAGAAAAAAAAAAUUUCCAUUGCGUGAAAACUCGGAAAAACCCCGGGUCAUAUAUGACCCUAUUGUUCUCAAGGGAAGUGUACAUACCAUUUUCAAAAUCUAUAUCACGGGCUUUCUGAGAGUUUUUUUGCUUGAAGUUGUUAAUUUGGCCAAAUCCAUGGCAAAUUGGAUUGUCUUGAUGAACACUGUACUCCUGAUGCUCAAGGAAUCUUCUUGCUAAUCCCUUGAACAGUCACUGUCACAAUAUUUUGAGUGGUAUUUGGCAAAAAUAAACUUAUCUACUCUAGAUAUUUAUUCACACACAAUACAAUUGCACAAUAUGAGACGCUUGCAGAAUACUCUCUAAAAUAUUGCAAAAUAUGUUAUAAUUCAUCUGAUAUAAGAUGAAAUGUCCAGGAGCAAGAUUACCCACCUGCAUUUCACAAAGAAAAACAAUGUCCCAACUACAUUUCGAUAUAGGUUUGGGACGAAAACACUGUUACCCUUGCCGACAAUAGGGUCAUAUAUGACCCGGAAAAUUCUACAUGCUUUUCUGGAAAAUUGAGAGUAGUUUAUUACAUCAAAAUAUGCAAUAUACAAUCUUUGAGUAUUCUAUUUUGUAUUUCUAAAGAACUUUUUGCUGAAUAAAAUAAAUGAAUAUAAAAAAUUUUGAAAAGGAAAAGUCAUUUCACAAAGUUCGAAAUUAGUGAUUUUUGAUCUGAAAUAUUUUCUUUUCCUGAAUAUCUGGAGUGUUGAGAAAAUUAGCCAAGAAUCUUACAUUCUUCUAUUAUGAUGUCGUGCACAAACCGAUAGAUUUCAAUUAAUGUAAAUAGUCAACAAAAAAAAUGUUUUUUCCCGGGGUCAUAUAUGACCCUAAUGACGCGAAAGAGUUAAGUCGUAAAGGUGUCUAAGGCAUUAACUCUGAAAAAUAUGUUACUCCUGACGUCGUGAUCCUGACACUGACUGAGUUCUAUAAUUAUUCGAAAUUUAUUGAUCAUUUGAUCUUUUAAUGACUACAAUUAAUUAGGAAUUAAAAUAAAAUAGGUAAUUUAGAACAACUGGGUUAUUAUUAUGAAUAACGCAAUUUAAACAAUAAAUUAAUUGAUAAUUAGGAGAUUACUGUUUCACUAAAAGAUUCAAUAAGUGAUUAAAUUGACUACUCACUGUCCCAUGAGGGUAAGAAUCUUCUUAAUUUCGUUUACAAUUUUUUGACUGCAUGAGUUUUUCAAUUUCUGAUGCAAAGAAA